AAAGCCUCGGAAAACAAAAAUAAUCCCCAGAUCCCUACUGCACGGCUCCCCAUUUUGUCAUUGUUAUGCUUUUCAUUCAUUGCCUCUAAUUCUCAAAUCGCAUGUAAAGUAAACCCUAACUCAACAACAGAAACACGCUCUCUCUCAUUCUCUUACAAAUCUGGUGCCUUCAUGGCUUCAUCAACAAAAAAUUCCAAAAGGUUCAUCAUCUGUGUUAUUCCCACCACCAUGGAAUACGAAGAUAGCAGCUACGGUGGAUAUAAGUUGAACCCGUCUUUGAUAAGUUAUUCUUCCUAUGAUUCUGCAUCGCCCAUAGGUUGUAAUAUCUGUUUGAAUCCAAAAUACCGUGCAAACUUCCUUACCCCUUUUGCUAACAAGAUUUUGGAUCAAUUUAAUUCUGAAAAUUCCACUGACUAUGAGCUUGUUGAUUGUGUUGCUCUUGUUAAAUCAACACUUGAAUUUGAUCUUUUUGUUCACUGCAACUUUACUGCCAAGCCCCACAAAUAUCCCUUUGUUGCUGGUGAUUAUUCCACCAAGUUAUUCUAUGCCGAGAUUCGCGGAGAUAUCAAUGGCCAAAUAAAUGCAUCUAAGUAUUCUAUAUUGCAUGGUAUGAAGACCGAGCUUGGCUGUAAGAUGUGCCCAAAUAUAGUUUAUCAUCCCAUCUCUGAAUCUGAUAAGGGACCCUCCUACCAACAAUCUACUAGUCUGUGCCUACAAGAUAAGAGAAGAUGAAGGAGAAGAGAAGAAGCUGCCGGAGAGAAGAGGAAGGAGCAGGUCUGAAGGUGUAGGCGGACGGCGGUAGGUCGCAGAUUCGCACAAAAGAGAGAAGAGGAAGGAGAAGAGGAAGUGACGAACAAGUGGAGGCGCAAAUGUUUAGGGUUUAUGUCGUUCAGUCUUUAUGAGUUUAUGUUUAACAGUUUAUGACUUAUGUCCUUUAUGAUGUAAUAUAUCAUCAUCUUUAUGAA